AUGCUCGUGCAAGGUAGGAGGGGCAUCGCCGUAGGAAUGGACUGCAUUCUACUUGCUGGCGCGCCAGAGGUAGAACAACUGGACUGGAACGAUGACGACCUUUUUCAUGACUUUGACACUCCGAUCCGGCGAUUUCUGGACCAGGCAGGGUUCGAAGGUACUCAGGGCCUGAACACUACCACGCUGCCAAGCGAUUCAACGCCAACAGCCUCCUUUCCCAAAUGGCGUGGAAUUGCCAUCCCGGUACCUCGCCAAGACGACAAAAUGGCAGAGGCUGUUGCGCCACCUCAAACACAAUUUUUGUCAUUCCACAACCCUGACAACGAGGACGGUACACAGGAGCGUCUACGUUUCCUUGAGCUUUCGCUGGCAAUGCUGAGCGAACUACAGUCCUCACAGAUCGCUGGUCCGGAAGAGACAACAUUCAUGUCAACCUACUCUUUUGCCACCGGUACAUCCUUCACGACGAGCAACGGCGAGACAGAGUACUCCUCUACAUCACCAACAAAGUUCGCGAACGAUACGAAUGGCCUCCCCAUGCGUGGCGAUGUCACAGAUCUCAAGGGCAUCCCAUCAGCCGAACACAUCACCCGCAUCCAACCACAAACCGUGACCGUCAACAUCCUAGCAGCCAUCAUAUCCAUCUCGCCAUCACGAACCGUAAGCCUACGCAGAAGCAACCGCGAGAUGGCCAUUGUUGAGAUCGUUCUUGGCGACGAGACCAGAGCUGGCUUCAGCGUUAGUUUCUGGCUCGCACCCCGAGAUAGCCAGCACAAACAGGCCGAUGACCUGCGCAGCUCGUUACAAGCGUGGAGGUCAGGCGACGUGGUGUUGAUACAGAAUGUGGCUUUGAGUGCUUUCAAGGGGUGCGCGUUUGGGCAGAGUCUGAGUCGGAAGUUUGCGAGGAAUAGUACGAGUGUAAUUGUCUUAUCUGGAGACAGUUCUCAUAAGCUGCCUGUGCCGCUGCAGGCGAAGUCCGAUAGAGUGCAGGGCUGGGCAGAUGAUUUUGUUGGGCGGACGAGGAAGCCUUCAGCGCUGCGCAGAGGCAAGGAUGCCGAGCGAGAAUUACCUCCGGAUACGCAGUCACCAAGCAAGUACGGCUGA